AUGGCCACGGCCAGAUCAUCGCAAGCGGACCUGUGUGUGCGAGGUGUGGCCAUGCAACCCAUUCCUACAAGACAGAGCCCCUCCCCCACCCCCGCGGAGCCACAGGCUCCGCAGUCCCAGGCAAGGGCAUGCCCAGCUCAGGAAAGCAAACCAGUGGGAGAGUGGCUCCGCGUUUUCUGCCCGGGCUUCGCGCACACGCUCCUUCUGCGGGAGGAUGCAGAUAUAACUACCACGGAAAUCCAUGUCUCGAGCUGGUGGGAUGAGGAGUUCGACUACACGGACUCGGUCCAAUGGCAGAAGCGCACCCUGCGCUGCGUGCCUGCCCUGGGGCCUUAUGCCGGUGAGGAGCAGCUCUUCGAGUACGAUGCUCACCCGGAAGAGGUGCGCUGGGCGGGGCACACCUACCCAAGUGAGCGCUGUGGGCCUGGGGAGCCGGGCCGGUCCCGGCUCCUGAAAAGCUGCCUGCUUCUCCUCAUGCGUGAAGCAGGCCAAGUAGGUCAGUUCCGCCAAGCACAGCCGGCUCAGCCUCUGAAUCCUCUGGCGCGGGCAGCCCUGCUUCCGGGGGCGGCUGCAAUCGCUCAAGGCCUGGGCUGGCGCGACGCCGGACUUCAACAGGCGGCCGCACGGGUGCAGGGCUUCCUGGCCGGCCACAUUCACGUGGAGGUGGAAGAUUUGGAGGGUAUUUUAGUGGAGUUCCCGAUGCCGGAAGGCAGCAGCUGUGCCGAGCUCUACCAUGCUACCGCCGCCGCCUUCUUUCAGAGCGGCCGUCCUUUGGCCGACUUUAUCUUGUCCCUACGGGAUGGCUCUGCCCUUCUAAGCACGUCGCCCCGCGUGGGCAUGGAUCAGCCUUCCCUGAGGAGUGCAGCGGAAGGGAAUCAGCUGCUGGGGCUCCGACAUAGCCUAAAACGCGUUGUUCAAGAGUCUGCCAGCGUGUCGACCUGGCCACCCUCCGUGCCAGUAGUGGUGCAUGAUCUAUCUGGUGCACUCCUAGCUGAGCUGUCGUUGCCCGUAGGGGCUGGAGCAGCUGAUUGCAAGGCCAGGCUGCGGAAACUUCUCUCGCGCCAGGAGCCGGACGAGUGCAUGCACUUGGUGCACGAGAGCGGCCAGUGGGAGGACCAACUCCUAGGUCAACUGCUGGACAAUGCGGACAAUGCGGGCAUGGCACGUCUCACACUGGUUUGGGCCUCGGCAUUUCAGUACGUCGCCGUGCCGGUUGCCAGCGAGGCCCGCAUCCUGGCUGGGCGCGGCGUCUACCGAUCGCCCGCCGAGCUCCCAGCGAGGGAGCCGGGCACGAGCCGCGUGGGGUUCCGUGUCAGCCAUGAUAGCCAUGCCGGCAGCUCCGCUUGCGCUGGGGCGGCCAAACUGCAAGCCUUUCGCAGUCAUCGUCAACAAAGGGAGCCGGCGCAGGUAAGAAAGCUGGCCGACGCCUUGCCGAAUCUGGACCAUGACGACGCUGCGGCCGCGGGGCCUGGGGGUUCGCCGAGUGCGCUGCACGUCUUCGAGCUGGGCCCGGAGGUCGUGGAGAUGGUGGUGAAUGUCACGUCAGACGAGAAUCAGGUGGGUGGCUCCUUCUUCAAUCUCGUGGUCCCGGCGCAAGCCAGCAGCUGCGUGCUUCGGUCUUUCCUGGCUCAGAGAUUCUGUGGGUCUUCCAUGGCCUCAGUCCGACUUGCUCUCUUCAUGGCAAAGUUCGAUGCUGUUGCCUUCAAGGACUUGAGGUGUUACCUCCGGGAGGAGCCAUCCACCAAGGGUUUCACUCUCAGCCAGUAG